AUGUCGUCCAACGCGGGGCCAUCCAACGCCCUUCUCGAUCAAGAAUUCUCCUUCUCCGAGCCUCCAUUCUCUACUCUCAUCGACUCAAGAAUCCUUGUCGCUCUUGCCGACCAAAAGUUUGCCAGCCCGACUCUUGUUCAAGCCAAAGCUAUCCCUCUCUUGCUCGAAGGCAAGGAUGUGCUUGCCCGUGCUAGAACAGGUAGCGGAAAGACUGCUGCCUAUGUCGUCCCUGCUAUCCAAAAGAUAUUAGAAGCCAAGGCUGACCUGUCACCUGCUUCUGCCGAGUAUCAAGCGACCCGAGCCGUCAUCCUUGUCCCCACUAAGGAGUUGGCCCUCCAAGUCGCUACUUUCAUCAGAAACGUGACCAAGUACUGUGAAGGUCUCGUCCAGUGUGUCAAUGUCGCGACCGGUGGUGCCAGUGUUCAACGAGUUCUUCUCAAUGACAAGCCCGACGUUGUCAUUUCCACCCCUACCAAGCUCCUCACGUUGCUCCAAUCCGAGACCAUCUCCCUCUCUCAGCUCUCUUUCCUCGCCAUCGAUGAAGCGGAUCUCUUGCUGUCUUAUGGUUUCAAGGAUGAUCUGACGAGGAUCAUGGACCCCACUGCUGGAUGGAUUCCCAAGCUUGGUGUGCAAGGAUGCCUGAUGAGUGCUACUUUGAGUGAAGAUGUGGAAGGUGUCAAGGGUCUCGUCUUGCGUAACCCCGCCAUCCUUACUCUCACCGAGCCCGCCUCUGCCUCUUCCCUCCUCACCCAACACUACACUUCUACCACCGAACGUGACAAGUUCCUUCUCAUCUACGUCCUCCUCAAACUCAAGCUCAUCCGGGGCAAAUCCAUCAUUUUCGUCAACGACAUAGAGCGCGGUUACAGAGUCAAGCUCUUCCUGGAACAAUUCGGCGUCAAGUGCUGUGUUGUGAAUAGCGAAUUGCCUCUGGCGAGUCGAUACCAUGUGGUUGAGGAGUUCAACAGGGGUGUCUAUGAUGUGGUAGUGGCUACGGAUGAGGGAGCUGGUGCGGACGCCGAGGAAGACGAGGACGUGAAGGAGGAGAGCGAGUCAGAAGAAGAAGGUGCCGAUGAGGAAGAGGGAGACGGUGAAGAGGAAAAGGAAGAGGCCGCGCAGCCGGUUGCGGGCCCUUCCAAGAGAAAGGCCUCCUCCCCCGCCCCCAAACCCCAAUCAAAGCGCUCAAAACGUGCUGCAGACCCCAGCUCCUCUCUCGCUCGAGGGAUCGAUUUCACCUCCGCUUCCUCUGUCAUCAACUUCGACCUCCCCCUCACUUCCACCUCCUACAUGCACCGAGUUGGGCGUACCGCCCGUGCGGGCCACUCUGGUCUUGCCCUUUCUUUCGUCGUGCCCAGAAAGGACUGGGGCAAGGAUAGGGUCGUGUCGAUCAAGUCGGCCGAGAAGGAUGAGAAGGUGUUUGAAAAGAUCAAGGAGCGGGUGAAGAAGGAUGGUGGGGCUGAUAUCAAGGAAUGGGACUGGGGAGGAAGGAAAGGCGAGAUUGAGGGUUUCCGUUACCGAAUGGAGGACGCUUUGAAGGCUGUUACUGGCAAGCGAGUGCAAGAAGCCAGGAGGGAAGAAGUCAGGCGAGAGCUUCUGAAUAGCGAAAAGCUCAAAUCCCAUUUUGCUGCCAACCCUCUCGAUCUGUCGUAUCUGCGCCAUGACGCCCCUCUUCAUCCUGCGAGACAACAAAAACAUCUCAAGCAUGUGCCGGGCUACCUCAUGCCCAAGAUUGCGGCUUUGCCUACUGGCGGGGGAGAUGUGGGUGACCAUGCGGGUGUCGGAUUUGCCAAGAGAGGAAGGGGAGGUUUCAGAGGUCGUGGUGGAAGGGGUGGGAAGAGUGCGCGAGGGGGCAAGAAGGUCGACCCGUUGAAGUUCAAGUAG